AUGAGUGUAAAUACACAUUGGCUUUGGAAUCCAGAAGAUUUGGAAAAUACACCUUCAGUUCAGGCCGGUAUAUCCAUGGCAGAAGAAAAUAAAUUGAGAAGAGAAGGUGUAAGGAUGAUUAAAGAAAUGGGAAAAUCUAUUAAUUUAAAAACAAAUCCAACUUUAGCCACUGCAAGUGUAUUCUUUCACAGAUUUUACAUGUUCAACACGUUUGCUGAUUAUCCCCCACACGUAACUAUUAUAUAA